GCAGCACAGAAUCGCACCACCAACGGCUCCCCGCCUUGCUUUCAAGAACAGAGAGUGACCCAUGUGAAGUAGACUUGCGACACCUGUCGCAGCCAUUAACUCGUCCUCUACGCUGCACACACCCGACCUUUUUUUUGUUCUCGGAAAGGAGACGGAGUAAAGUCUCCCCCCCUCCCUAUUUUUAAAAGAGAAGAUCUUUCGCAUCAACAACGUUGCUGAGCGGUACGUCUGUUGAUCAACUUCCUUCUUGCUUUGCGUUUUCUCUUUUCCUGUUUUCAGACGGGAGAGAAUUCUUUGUGUGUGUGUGUGUGUGAGUGAGUGAGUGAGAGUGUGCGCUUUGUUUUGGCGUUUUUGCUGUUGAUUUGUUGCUGCUUUGGUGUAGUGGCUAACUCGUUCAUUAUCCCUACUUUUGCCUUUUUCCUUCGUCCUCUUGCUCUCGCCGUGCUCUCGCUGCGCUGCCCAGCACGUCAUAGUCACAUUACCAUAUAUAUAUAUAUUUCUCCCUCUAUACUCUCUUUUCUUCUAGCCUUGUUCUCUCGCUCCAUCUGGCGGUAUAUAUAUAUAUAUAUAUCUUUUCGCUUAACACGAUAUAUACAGUUAUAUACAUAUAUUAUUGGAACAGACAACCAAACCUGCUAAGACCACGCAUCAUAAAAGAGAUUUCUUUCUCGCGUGCGACAGCGCAUUCAACAACCGCGACCAAAAGAAGAAGAAGAAGAGACAACGCGAAAGUGCGGCGCAUAAGCGAAUUGUAAAAAAAGGAUAAAACAAGUGUUGUUAUUUCUAUUUGUUUAUUUGUUUUACUUCUCCCAGUGGUCUUUCUUCUGUUCCCCCCCCCCCCCCUUCGACGUUGUGGGAGUAAACCCUUCGCGAGCAAGUAUUCGUUUCUCUUCGUUUCUGCCUUCACGACUAAAACGUGAGUCUUUCACGGCCAUGCACAGCUCCAACACCUUCAAGGAUGAGCCGACGGGGCGCCCCGCCGCCGCUGACGAUGCGGAGCAGGAGCAGCUGAUGCGCACCAUCGAGCAGGCCGCGCUCGCCAUGACGCGGGCCCAUGAAAACGAUGAUCCAGGGUGGCUGAUGUCGCCGAAGGAGCACCGCCGGCUGCGGGUGCCGCAAGAUAGCGUCGACGACGGCGAUGAGAGCUUUGUGGCGGAGGAUAAGCGCCGCGUGAAUUGCCUGACGCUGGAUCAGCCGACGACCGAUACGGUGCCCGGUGUGCUGCCCGCAACGGAGAAGCGCGCGAAGGACGAGGUGGACGUCGCAGCCGCCGGGGUCGGGCUGGAGGUGCGCCGCUUCCAGUGCACAAAGAGCACGCUGGCGCUGAAGGAGGCGACGAAGAACGACGCAACGGCGCAGUCGUCGAAGCUGGUGGACUACAUCGUAUCGCUGACGUCUGGGAGCCAUGGCAUGUGCACGGAUCGUGAGAUGUGUGAGUGGCUCGUGGCGCAGCUGUGUGACCGCAUGGAGACGGGCCAGAUCUGGGUGAUGGCGAAGACGUACGCGCUGCUGUCCGCCCUGCUGUGGCGUGGGUCGAGCACAUUUGUGGCGGCCGUGCACGAGUACGGCAAGGCGAUGUUCCAGGUAUCCCACAUAGAGCGCUUGAUACGCAGCACGCCGCAGGAGAACCUGCCAGGGACGCGGCUGCCGUGCUCGCUGCAGCCCAUUCAAAGCGCCUCUGCGGCGCAGAAGUCUGCGUGCGGCAAGGCAAAGCCGCACCCUGAGUGCCCCAUCCAAAUGAUCAAGCGGAAGGCGUGCGCAGCGAGUUACGGGAAGGGCUGCGAGAGCGGCACCACUGACACGCUGAGUAUGGUAGAGAAGGACAUGAACUUCUUCAUCACAAACGUUGCCUACAUGGAGUCCUUGUGUGAGUACCGCAUGCGCCACCCAACCCUGGACCUGGCGCAUGGCGAGAUCCUUCUGACGGACUCAUUGGACUGCACGGCGAAGACCGACCCAGCCAGCGCGGCAGAGUUGAAGAAGACGCAUUUGCCGACAGUGUGGAAGGACCUGGUGGAUGACACGUUGGAGCUGAUGAAGGCGAUUGCGUCCACUGACACUCAAAUUCCAACCAACGGGCUCGCCACUGCUGCCGCCACCUCCCGUGUGCGGGAGUCGGUGCUGCUGUACCAGGUGGCGUGCCGUGCGCUGGCACGCAUGCUGCACGCCGUCAUCACCGUCUCCCACACGCUCGUGGCGUCCAUUCAAGCCGGCCUGCAGGUGCCGUCCUCCAAUCUUGCUCCGUCCGGCGCGGCGUCGAAGCCGCCUUCCGGAUCGUUCACCUCCAACCUGCUCGGUGCCGCCUUCGACCCGAGCGUGCUGGAUUACUCCCUCACACCGGACAUGUCGCAUGCCUUUGUCGCAGACUACUACUACGCCAUCUAUCAGUUCAACCGCACGGUGAACAUGCUGCGGACGUACUGUCAGACGGCGAGUCACCUCGAUGCGGAGACGUCCAAGAAAGCGUUGGCUGCCUUCAAACUUUUGCCGGAGGACUCCAUUGUGGCGCUGAAGAAGUCACGCACCGUGUUUGAGCACCCCGAGUGCUCGGCGACCAUCGGCCGGCUCUUUCGGGCUGCCCAGCGCAGUGCGGCGAUGCGGGAGUCCGACGCGGGCAGCGACGUCUUGAGCUCGCUGCCGUCGGAGUUCGAUGCGGCGUCGCGGGCGACAGAGACGUCUCCCAUGAGCGACGAGGAGGUGCAGCGGAGCAUGCUGGCGGUGUACAAGUUCCACCUGGACCACGAGGAGGAGAAGGAGCGCAUGUUGAAUGCCCAGGUGGACACGGUGUGCAGCCUCUUCGACGAGGCCGAGGCAAAGGCGCUGCAUUGUAUCUUCAAGACAGGCGUCGAUAGGCUGUGGGAGCAGUGGCGGGACUUCAUGAACAACGGCGCGGCGGCGGCGGAGAAGGCGCUGAUGAGCUCGAACAACUCUGCGAAGCCCACGGACAGCAAUACGCUCGGUUUGUCGUCGUCCGACAACGCCGCUUCCGGCGAUCGAUCCUCCGGAAAGCAGAGCAGCACCAUCGACAGCCUGACGAAGAGCUCCACCUACAUCCUGCGCUCGCUGCCCUUCAGCGUACGAGCAAAAGGGUCGCCGAAUGUGAAGUCCGACGUCAUCUCCGUGAACCGGUCAUCGCUGGAGAACUCGACGGAGAGCGCGAUUGACGCGCUGCUGCUGGAGGACGACGUGGUGGUGAUCUGCAACGAGGAGUGCUCGUGCAACGACAAGCUGAAGCUGAUCGACCGCUUCCAGGUGCUGAUGGACGUGCCGCUUGGGGAGGGCAGCUACGGCAAGGUGUACCGCGCGUGGGACGAGGUGGUCGGGUGUUACCUUGCGGCGAAGGAGCUGCAGCUGGACGCGAGCAAGGCGCACAACGUUGCGGUGCGCGAGGUGCUGCAGGAGUACACGGUGCUGACGGAGCUGUCGCACCCGAACAUCGUGCGCGUUGUCGCGUUCAUGGUGCUGAAGCAGACGGCGCGGAUCUACAUGGAGUGGAUGCCGUCUGGGUCGCUGCAGGACGUGCUGCGCCACCACCCACGCGGGAUGCUGCGCGAGAGCGUUGUGCGGCGCUACGCGCGCGACGUGCUGUCGGGGCUUGCGUUCCUGCACUCGCGCGGCGUGAUCCACCGCGACGUGAAGCCCGGCAACAUGCUGCUGAGCUCUGACGGCGCGGUGAAGCUGACGGACUUCGGCACGAGCCUUGUGCUGAGCGGCAACAGCCGUACGCUGGAGUCGAACGCUGUGACGGGGACUGCUGCGUACAUGGCACCGGAGUGCGUGCAGGGGACGUACUCAUCCGCGUCGGACAUCUGGUCGUUCGGCUGCUCGCUUGUGCAACUGAUCAGCGGCAACGUGCCGUGGUGCAGCCCCUUUACAGGCAGCAUGCCGGAGCCGAUUGCGCUGCUGUUCAAGAUUGGCAGCCUGGAUGACGCGACGCACCUUGAGCGCCCCCACGAUGUGCUCAAGGACGCUGUGCAGGCUGGGCGGGUGGAUGAUGACCUUACCACAAACCCAAGUUCCGUCCCGAGUUCUGAGGUGGAGGCUGAGGAAGCUGGCCCGAAGAAGCCGAGUUCGAAGGAUGGUGUGGACGCGGAGCUGCUGAACAUGCUGGACUCUAUCUUUGUUGUGGACCGCAAGAAGCGUCCGUCCGCGAGUGAGCUGCUGCAGCACCCCUUCUUCAAGAUGGUGUAG